AUGGUUUCAUUGGGAGGUGUAUAUAGUGUUGCUUAUGUGUUCUUGUUUGGUCUGACUUUGGUUUUGGCUGGUGAUAUAGUUCAUCAUGAUGAUGUUGCUCCAACAAGGCCUGGCUGUGAGAACAACUUUGUUCUGGUCAAAGUUCCAACUUGGAUCGAUGGUGUGGAAAACGAUGAGUAUGUUGGUGUCGGUGCAAGAUUUGGUCCUACAUUAGAAUCAAAAGAAAAACAUGCCACUCAUACCAGAGUUGUCAUGGCUGAUCCUCCCGAUUGUUGUAGCAAGCCUAAGAAUAAGCUCACCAGUGAGAUCAUAUUGGUGCACUGA